AUGGGGCUUGCAGGGAACCUGCUUUUCCUAUUAGUUUCAUUAAUCUUCUGUGCUGUUGCAACUGCCGAUUGCUCCAAUGGGGGCUGCCAGCUUCACGAUAAAUGCUCGUCGCAUGGAGACUGUGCUGCUGGACUCUUCUGCUUCUCCUGCAGUGAACUAUUCUCAGACAAUACAUGCGUUAGAUCAACUGUUACCAAUCAGUUCUCUCUUCUAAAUAAUUCUCUUCCUUUCAACAAGUAUUCAUUCUUGACAACCCAUAAUUCUUUCGCCAUCUCUGGAGAACCAUCUCAUACCGGAUUUCCCCGACUUACUACUACAUGUCAAGAAGAUAGUGUCACCGAUCAGCUAAGAAGUGGGGUCCGGGGCCUCAUGCUGGACGCUUAUGAUUUCAAAGGAGAUGUAUGGUUGUGCCAUUCUUUUGACGGGAAAUGCUUUGAUUUCACAGCAUUUGGUCCAGCUAUAGACACUUUCAAGGAAAUUGAAGCUUUCCUAUCAGCAAAUCCAACAGAAAUUGUUACAUUGAUAUUAGAAGACUAUGUUAGAACCCCAAAUGCAUUAACCAAGGUAUUUACAGAUGCGGGUUUGAUGAAAUAUUGGUUCCCUGUGAAAAGCAUGCCACAAAAUGGUCAGGAUUGGCCCCUUGUUAGCGACAUGAUUGCAAAGAAUCAAAGGCUACUUGUAUUCACUUCAGCUAAAUAUAAGGAAAAUAGUGAAGGAAUCGCUUACCAGUGGAAUUACAUGGUGGAGAAUCAGUAUGGGGAUGGUGGACUUCAAAGUGGAAACUGCACUGCUAGGGGAGAAUCGCCGCCCCUUAACGACAUGACUAAAUCUUUGGUUUUGGUAAAUUAUUUUUUGUCUGUGCCCCUUAAUCUGCCCACAUGUGAACUAAACUCGAAAACUCUCCUUAGUAUGCUUGACACAUGUCAUGGUGCUGCUGGCAACCGAUGGGCAAACUUCGUUGCAGUUGAUUUUUACAAGAGGAGUGAUGGAGGAGGAACAUUUCAAGCUGUAGACACUAUGAAUGGGGAGCUGUUGUGUGGCAGCAGGGAUGUCCACGAAUGUUUGCCUAUAUCUCCAUGAGGAGCCUCCAACUCAUGAGAAGGAUCAGAGCCGGGGGAAUUUAAUCUGGAGUAAUUCUCUUGUUUAGCAAUAAAUUUUUACAAACCAGUGCAAUGAGAGCAGGUUAUAUUUAUUAACAUGUGGCAUUGUUCAUUGGCAUAAAUAUUGUACAUGAAAAUGAACUAAAUGGGCUAUAUUUAUGGCUCAAAUGCUUGACAAUGGGCUUUCGGGCAUCGAUAUGGGCAGGGCCUUUUGUGGGCUCC